AUGCUUUGGUUCAUGCUCAUUUAUGGUACCUUUUUCAUCACUCUGGCUUCCUGCAUGCCAGCUCCCCAUUCCACCAUACAGGAGCGAGGCUUCGUGUCAGAUAUAUGUACGGCUUUCCGACCUCCCCCAGCUGCGCUCCCAGCCCUCAACAUAGAAGUCAGUCAAAUCAUCAACCAGAACAUCAUUCCGGGAAAUCUACCACUUCUUUCAGAACUUCCAUUGACCACCUGGUCCGAAGGGGAUGACAAUCACCGUGUGGAGUUCCGCGCCUGGAGAAACCCGACCGCUGAAAAUGCUCGAUCCUUUUAUGCCUUUGUCGAAGUCCAAGUCACCGGGCCUGCCAAUUUGCUUAUUCAAUUAACUGGGACCUCUGAGGCCAACCCCGCCACCGGUGCCCCGGGCUUCUAUCAACAUACAGCAGACACGGCUUCUGGUUCUGGCGCGAGUCGUUUCCCUAGGCGGCGUGUCGUUUUCCUAAAUGUUCCUUUUAACGCUGAAAAUGUUGAAUACAAGCUCACUGGAAACUGGGCUAACUUAUAA